AUGUUAACUGCAACGAAAGCAGGUGCUAUACCAAUUGGAAUUCUAUUAAAUGAGGCACAAACUACAGAGAGCUAUGAGAGGGCAUUUAGUCUGUUCAAAGAAAUUUAUCCAAAUGCCUUUGGAGGCAAAGAAUAUCCACAAGUUUUUAUGACAGACAACUCUGUCCCAGCGAAAAGUGCAAUUCAUGCCAACUGGCCCCAAUCAAUACAACUGCUCUGUGCUUUCCACGUUGGUCAUGCUGAAUGGCUAUGGCUGCAAUCAAAAUAUGAUCAGAAAAGUAGACAGCCACUGAUGCAAGGAUUUCGGAAGGAACAGUGGGUAUAUCUCUUUCGAAGCCAUUUUCAAAUUGGAGGACAUCAAACCAACAACUAUGCAGAAGCCUCAGUUCAAAUCUUAAAAGAUGUGAUCUUGCAACGUACUAAGGCAUUCAAUGCAGUCGCUCUUUUUGAUUACAUCUCUGAGACUUGGGACACUUACCUCACAACCAAACUAUGCAGAUUUGCCUAUAAGAGGAAUAGGAAGCCAAUUCUUCUCUACAAUGACUUGGGGCAACGACUGCCUGCAGAGCUUGCAGAUAAAAUUAUUGUAAUUGAUGAAGACACAUAUCGUGUGCCAAGUUCUGUCACUGGAGAGGCCACAUACGAAGUAGUUGCUAGUGCUGGAUCAUGCAUGUGCAAAGCUGGUGCAGCUGGGGCUUUCUGUAAGCAUCAAGCAUUAGUUCAUGAAAAGUUCAACUGUAUGUUUCCCAACCAUCCCCUAAUCACAUCUGCUGACCGUUACCUUAUGGGAUUGUUGGCUAUGGGAAGUGAGUGUCCGGAAAAGGAGUUUUUCCUCGACCCUAAAGAGCCACUGGAAAAUCUUGAGAGAGACCUGCAACUCAUCAAUCAACAGGAAGAGUUAAUCCAACUAAAGAUGGGAAGUGAUGAAGUACUCCCAUCAAAUGAGGCUCCAACUGCUCCACUACAAAACCAUGAAAGUGGCGAUGAAAAUGAUGAUGGAGAUGGCGAGGAAGUUUUUAAAACCUUUGUUGAGAAUUGGGAAAGAGUGUUCACACUUGGAACGGAGACAAACAAAAAAGGUUUCCUAAAAUUUAUGAAAAGAGCAAAUAAUGCACUGUCAAAAGUGAAGAACAGCAACAAGGCAUUUGAAGGCAUGAUGAGGACCUCAGCAGUUCUGAAAGUCAAUAUUGCUAGGUAUGGUAGAAAAAUUCUAGUCGGGGUUCCUUCAAUUGCAAGGAGGCGACCAGGAUUGACUAAGGGGACGAGCAGAGUUAAAGGUGGCAGGCCAGCUGGAGCAGUUAAAGCCAAACAAAAGAAGAAAAACCCCAAGGCCCACCAAAGUCAACGUCAAAGAAAGCUUGGGGCAAGUGUUGCUGCAAACAAACCUCACUACAGGAAACACUAUUUACCAAAUUUUAAUGAUUUGUAAUGAUUUGAAAAGUAUGAAGUUUUAGUAUGUUAGUAUGUAAUAUAUGAAUAUUUUUUAGAGAAUAUUAAUAAUUAUUAUGGUGUUAACUGUUACAUUCCUUUAUGAGAAGAAUUUAUGUUAAUUUGUAGUUUUAAAAACACAAGUGAAAGCAGAAAUUCUAAUUAUUUCUACAUUUUAUUUUCUAUGUGUUUUAAAAGCGUAGUCAGUAUGCUAUAAUGCUUACCUACAGUUAUAUUUUAUUAUCCAUUGUUGUUGAAGCUAGCUAAGGUUACCCACUUACCAAAGUCCGUACUUUUAUACUUUUAAAUAAAUGAUAUGCUUGUACGUACUUGAUGGUAAAUU